AUGGCUGCCAGGUACACUUUCAGCAUAGAGGGGGAUCUACCUGCUCCCACAGCCUGCAAGUGGUUUCUGGCGAAGCUGUGGACCAACUCCUGGCUGUCCUGCAGUAGCCUGGCAUGCUCCGGUCUGGGUGGUUCAGCGGAGGGGUCCAGCAGCCGACCGAACACUAUCUCAGCAGGGGUGCCAAGUUCCUGGCCCAACAUCAAGAGCGGGAGGGUUCAGGAGCUGGAGUCCUUUAUUGCAGAAAAUAUAAGAGUGUCUGUAUAUGGAGCCCUGGGGGACUCUGUGCAUCUGCACUUCAAUACGACCUUGAACAGCAGUGCUGAGGUGCAAUGGAAGCGGGGAGUCUAUCGCAUUGGUGUGUUUAAGAAUAACAGCGUGGCCUUAAAUAAUCCUUAUAUAAACAGGGCUGAGAUUUUUGCUAAUGGAACCCUCAGACUGGACAGGACUCAGAAAGAUGAUUCAGGAGAUUACUCUGUGGAUGUGUUUAAUACUGAUGGAACUAGCAUAUUUAAGAGAAGCAUGCAGGUUUAUAUUCAAGGGGAGGAUAAAGCGAUUCAAGUGAGAUUAGUUUAUGGUUCCCUUGCCUUUGUGAUCCUCACCAUCUUCCCUAUAACUCUUCACUGCAAUUCCUGGAAAUCAAAUAGUAAAGGAAAACAGAGUGUUGAAUAACUUUACAAUACUUUAAAGUACUUUAAUAUAAUGUAUUUCAUAAUAUUUGAGUAUCAUCCAUAUCCAUCAUUACUUAAACACAAUA